AUGAAGGCACGGUGUGUUUCUCUCUGUCUCCUGGGUACGAUGCUCUUCCUGUGCUCUGCGCAUGCCCGAGGUCUCAGGAGGUGUCUGAUUUCCAUUGACAUGCAUCGUAUAGAGGAGAGUUUCCGAGGAAUCAAAAAAGCCAUCCAAGCUAAGGACACCAUGCAAAAUGUCACCAUCCUGUCCCCAUCAGAGAGCCUGCACAGCAUUAAGCCCUUAGAUGCGUGCUGCAUGACCAAGAACCUCCUGGCGUUUUACGUGGACAGGGUGUUCAAGGACCACCAGGAGCUGGACCCCCAAAUCUUGAGAAAAAUCAGCAGCAUUGCCAACUCUUUCCUCUACAUGCAGAAGACUCUACAACAAUGUCAUGAGCAGAGGCUAUGCCACUGUAGGCAGGAAGCAACCAAUGCCACCAGAAUCAUCCAUGACAACUAUGACCAGCUGGAGGUCCGAUCUGCUGCCAUUAAAUCUCUGGGAGAGCUUGACAUCUUUCUAGCCUGGAUUGACAAGAACCAUCAAGGAACUUCAGAUGCCUCAGGACAAGGAACCUAAUUAUUGGAGAGGAACAGCCCCUGAGAAGUUGCCCAUGGGAGACAGCCACCUUUGAAGGGGGAUGGAGAAGGGGGAGGUUCUGUUUUUAUGUAAAUGAGGGUAUUUUUGAGGAAACCUUCCUGCUGCCCCAUUUGGAAUACCCUUCUCUAGGGCUGAGGUCUUGUAGGGGAAACUCUAGGUUUGAGCCCAUUUCACCCUAUAGCUGCAAGUCCCACUGGCUGGGUCUGGGCUCUCUGAUCCCACUUGGAAGUAGCCAGCUAGCCAAUUGUCAUAUUGAUGAUGACAUAGUCUGUUGAAAACUCCUGUGGGCCAUCCUGGAGGGAAAGGUGGGCUUCCCUCUAAUUUAUUGAGAUGUUGUUUAUCCCAUGUCUGUGAUGUGAGCUAAGCGAU